AUGCAAAUAACACAAGUGAUGUGUGAUAUUAGAACACCAGAAAAGGACGAAAGUUUACGUCUAAUUUUUGAUAAUAUUAAUGUAUGGAAUGAAUUUACCAAUCGCUCACGGAUUUUUACUAAGUUAGAAUUUGACGCACCACUUUCAACAAGGAAAUUCACCGGCUUAUUCAGAAAUUCAGAAUUAACAUCACCACAAGGCUUUCAGAAAGAAGCUGAAAAGGCAGUAAGGAGGGUAAAAUUAUUGAUAAAUAGAAUUGUCAAUGCUAAUACUGAUGAGGAACUAAGAAAAGUAGUCAAAAAUUUGGAUAGAUUAUCUGAUGUACUUUGUUCAGUAAUUGACACAGCUGAGUUUGUGCGAACAGUUCAUCCUGAUCAAAAGUUUUCUCAAGAAGCCAAUCGAAUUUACGAAUAUUUAUGCUCAUUUAUGAAUUCAUUAAAUACCAAUAGGGAAUUAUAUCAGGUAUUGAAACGGGUAAUGUCAACGCCCAGCAUUUAUUCACAAUUCUCUUCAGAAGAACGUCAAGUAGCUCUCAUUUUUUUGAGAGAUUUUGAAAAAUCUGGGAUACAUCUUCCUUCAUCAGAUCGAGAUAAAUUUGUGCAAUUAUCAGAUAAAAUUAUUGCACUCGGUCGUAAGUUCACACACAGUCAACCAUCAAAAUCAACAAAAAUAAUCGAAGUAGAGGCUUCAUGUCUUGAUGGAUAUUCCACAAAGAAUGGCGAUACUGCUAGAUUAUCCACUAAGCCUUGGGAGGCUCAGAUGAUUUUGAAACUUAUUAAAGACGAAAAUAUCAGAAAGGAAAUGUUCAUUGCUUCUAAUUCGGCCACAAAAGAACAAACUGAUUUACUGGAGAAUUUGUUGCGUACAAGAGGAGAGUUAGCAAGAUUGCUAGGAAUGGAUAGUUAUAGUCAUGUCUUUCUUAUAGAUAAGAUGAUAAAAAAUCCUGAUAAUGUACAAACAUUUUUAAGAACACUUGCUGAUCAUCAUAGACCAAAGGCUCUUGCUGACCUUUACCUUCUGAAAGAAGCCAAACGGCAAGAGAUGAAGCGCAAAGAAUUACCAACCGUUAAUGCUUGGGAUCGGGACUAUUAUACUGAAAAAGUUAAGGCCUCUUCAACGCAACCCAUGAUCCCCAUAUCUCCUUAUUUUUCUGUUGGUUCUGUGAUUCAAGGCUUAUCAAGACUGUUCUCCAAACUAUACGGUAUUUCGUUUGAACCUUCUGAAAUAUUACCUGGAGAAACAUGGCAUGACGAUGUUCGUAAGCUUAAUGUAAUUGAUGAACAAGAAGGAAAGAUAGGAACAAUUUAUUGUGAUCUUUUUAAUCGAUAUGGUAAAUAUUUAAACGCGGCUCAUUAUACUGUAAGAUGUUCUAGACGUGUUGAUGACGACGACAGCAUCGGAGAUAUUCCGUCUGAUAUUGAUGUUUCGGAAAUAGGAGAAUUGGCAACACCAGAACAAGGAGUAAGACUUCAUGGUAGGAACGGAAGAUAUCAAUUACCUAUCAUUGUGCUUACAUGUGACUUUUCGAAACCAAAAGAUGGUAAACCUUGCCUAUUAAGCUUAGUCGAAGCUGAGACUCUCUUCCAUGAAAUGGGGCAUGCCAUGCAUUCAAUGAUCGGACGUACAGAUUUUCACAAUGUUUCUGGUACUAGAUGCCCAACAGAUUUUGUGGAAUUACCUUCAAUAUUAAUGGAGCAUUUUGUUUAUUCACCUACUGUACUAGCACUUUUUGCAAAACAUUAUGAUACUCGAAAGCCCAUACCGAUAGACCUUAUUAAUUCACAUCUUAAAGCACGCACCCAAUUUUCAGCAAUGGAGACACAAUAUCAAAUUCUAAUGGCAUUAUUAGACCAAAUUUAUCAUUCCACGUUGGCCAUGUCUCCUGACUUUGAUACUACAGUUAUUUUAGCUAACCUUCAGGAUACUGUUGGAUUAUUUCCUUCAGUUCCCGGAACUGCAUGGCAAAUUCAAUUUGGGCAUUUAUUUGGUUAUGGAGCAGGGUAUUAUAGUUACCUUUUUUGUCGAAUAUUAGCGGGAAAAUUGUGGAAACAAGUAUUUGAAAAAGAUCCGUUAAAAAGAGAAGCAGGACAAAGGUUCCGAGAUGAGGUACUACGAUGGGGUGGAUCUCGGGAUCCGUGGUUGUGUGUUGGUAAGGCUUUACAAGAUGAAAAGAUCGCAGUUGGUGAUUGUAAAUCUGUUUCUUUGGUUGGAGAAUGGGUAGAUUGUUUAUAG